AUUCAUCAUGUGUAAUGAGGGAGAAGUCGCUUCUUUCAAUAUUCUCGUAUAAGUUUUAGUUGGUAACCAAGCAGAACCAUGAUAAACAACACUUUAUUAAUACUUUCAUCUUUGAAUGUCACUGUAUGUGAAACUGAAGAUUGUAAAAAUGUUGCUAACUUAUUUUUAUCGUCAAUGAAUAAAACGGUUGAUCCAUGUGAAAAUUUUUAUGAAUACGUUUGCGGCUCUUGGGCUUCUGUGUGUCCAAUUGAAGAAGAAGAAUAUUCAAUUUGCACUAUAGAUACUGAAUUUAAGGAUGCAAUUCAAAUAAGCUUACAAGGAAUUUUAGAAGAUGACCCUAAUGACAAUGACAGUACAGCUUUGUCAAUCGAAAGAAAAUGGUAUAAUGCGUGCAUGGAUGAAGAAAGAUUACAAAAAAAAGGAUACAAACCUGUGACAAAAUAUUUGCAAAAUAUUGGUGGUUGGCCAAUGAUAAUGAAACCAACAGAAUGGAAAGAAGAAGAAUUUCCUUGGCAAAAAGUUGCUCAAUAUUAUGCACGAAUUUCCGGGAAAUACAGUUUAUUUACAAUAAGUCAAUUUUUAAAUCCCAAUAAUACUGAAAACAAAAUUUUAAUGUUCGAUAAACUAGAUGGAAUUCAGCUGUUAUGGAGUUAUGAAGAUACAGAAUAUGAUGAUGACGAUGAUGAUGAUGAUGAUGAUGAUGUUGAUUAUGACAAUGAUGUUGAUUAUACAAAUUUGAAAUUUGGUCGUCGUAAUAGUUAUGAAAAUAGUUAUGAAAGUAAAUAUGAUGACAAUGAUUAUAAUGAUGAUAGUUAUGACGAGAGUUAUGAUGAUGAAGAUUAUGAUGAAGGUGAACUUAUUACAAGCAUAAUAGAAGAUUAUGCAAAAUCAGUAAAAGGCAACGUGAAAAAUAUUCGCGAUCAAGUCAAUGAAAUUUUAGAUUUUCAAGAAGCUUUACAUAAUCUAUUAAUCGAGAUCAGAUAUGACGAGCCAAAGGACAAAAAAACUGUUAUGACAAUUGGUGAAUUCCAAAAGCUUUAUGAUAGUUAUGAACCUGGCAAUUCAACUGCAAAGAUUGACUGGUUAGAAAUGAUACAUGCACUUUCAAAUAAUUCAGGCACUUAUAUUGAUGAAUCAGAAAAAAUUUUACUAUUCAGAAAAUCAUUUUUUGAAAAAUUGGUUCCAAUUUUAAAAGAAACUCCAAAUCGAGUAAUUGUCAAUAUUAUUCACUGGGUAUUCUUUAGAGAUGCACUAAUAUAUUUAGGUAAAGAUAAAAGACCGUGGUAUGAAGAUAUAGACGGCGAAUAUAGAUCAGAAUAUUGUAUUGCACACAUGAUGGGACUUUAUUUUAAUACUGGUUUUUCAAAAGUUUAUAUUGACAAUUAUUUUUCCGAUGAUAUAAAAGAAUAUGCUAGUGAAAUAGCAGAGGAUGUAAGAAAUCAAGUGAAGUCAGAUAUUUUAACUUCAAACUGGUUGGACAAUGAGGCAAAACAAUUGAUAAAUGAUAAAUUGGAAUCGAUGAAAUUUCACAUUGGAUAUCCUGAUUAUUAUAAAAAUAAAACUUUUCUUAAUCAAAUAUACGAUGGGCUUAAAGUAGGACCUAAUUAUUUUGACAAUGUCAUAAAUAUGUUGACAUUUGACAAUAACGAUUUUUGGAGAGAAUUUAGAGAACCAUUCGAUAAAGAUCAAUUUUUGGAAAAUCCUACAGUUCUCAAUGCAUUUUAUAAUGAAUACGACAACAGUAUAACUAUACCAGCAGCAGAACUUAUGGUUCCUCUCUUUAAUUCAACAAUGCCACUAUCAGUAAAAUAUGGCUAUUUAGGAUUUACAGUCGGUCACGAAAUAAAUCAUGGAUUUGAUAACGAUGGGCGCACGUAUAAUAAGGAUGGAAAUCAGUUACCAUGGCUGGCUGAAGAAUUGAUAAAUAAAUACGUAAAUAAUGCUAAAUGUUUCAUCAAUCAAUUUGAUGAUUACGGGGUAAAUGGAUCUCUUACACAAAAUGAGAAUAUCGCUGAUUGUGCAGGGUUGAAGUCAGCAUUUCAAGCUUAUAAAAAUAAAAUGAAAUCGGGAAACUAUCAGGAUAUUAGAUUACCAGGAUUGAAUGGUCUCAGUGGCGAUCAAUUAUUUUUCGUUUCAUUUGCUGCUUCACUUUGUACAAAUAUAAGCCCCGAAUUUGAGGAAUAUUUGAUGAAAAACAAUGAACAUUCGGUUCAACCUUAUAGAGUUAAUGGUGCGGUGUCUAAUUUAAAUGAAUUUUCAAAUGCUUUCCAUUGUUCUGAAAGCAGUCCUAUGCAUCCAAAAAAUAAGUGCAAAUUAUGGAAGUGAUUUUAUGGGAUAAUUUAUAUUCACGAAGGACAAACUUUUUACUCCACUAGAGUAUAAUUUAAAAAUUUUAUUAUAAUAUAACAUUUAAAUCUAAAUAUACAAAUAUAUAUAUAUAUAUAUAGAAUUAAAAAAUAUGUAAAUUUUAUUAGAAAAUAGUUCUUUAUUUCAAAAUAUGUGGAAAUUAUUUACAUUUUUGUGGCGCAUAUAACGAAUAAAUAAUCAUAUUUUA